AUGGAGCCAGAAGAUGAUAGAGAUCCUUAUCCUUGGAUAAUUUGGUACAUCUGGAAAGCUAGAAAUGAUAAGUUGUUUAGAGGCAUAGACAAAGACCCAUUGGAACUUGUCAGAUAUGCAGAGAGUGAAUGCCAAGCAUGGUACAAUGCGAGAGAAACUAUACCGGUUCCUCCGCAGGCACAUAUUGCUGAAGAAACACAUGCCUUAAGCUUGAGUAAUAUUUGCAUGGUGAAUGGUUCAUGGACUUCCACAACUAAGUUUAGUGGAUUGGGAUGGGUGUGGAAGGAUAUCAUGAGGAAGAUUCAACUCAUGGGGACAAUGAAUUUAAGGAGGCGUGAAACAGCGCUACACUCGGAACUGGAAGCACUACAAUGGACAAUGGAGAGCAUGAUACAACACUCGCCCUGUCAAAGAUUUGGGACAGAUUGCAAAGACAUGAUUGCAAUGAUAGAACAACCAUAA